CGAAGUUGAUCAGUCUGCUCAGAAAACUUAUCCGGAGGGAAAGUAUUAGAAUCGGUUUCAAAGGAGGAAAAAUCCAGGUUUUGUGCAAAGAAUUGCAUUGCAACCAGAGAGGACAUAACUUCUGUCAAUUAAGAGAAACAAUAUUGCACCCUGAAGUUUAGUCAUUGGUGAUAUUUUUACUUGUUCUGUGAUUACUUUGAUUUGUAAAGAAUAUAUUUUUCCGUUUAUUUUGACUGAAGUGUGCUGAAAGCACUCUCGCAUUUGGAUGCGGACUGGUUUUUAGCUUUAUAAAUUGGAUAAUUUAACGCACGGGCAUUGCCUGUAAAUUGUAUUCACAUUUGGUGUUUAUCAAUUGCAAGACGAAUAUGUUUCUCAGUUUUUGUCUACUGCUGACAUUUGUCUUGGGGCUGACCGGGUCCUUUGGCUCAUAUGUACCAUGCGAGCCGUGCGACCAGAAGGCGCUCUCUAUGUGCCCCCCGGUCCCCGUCGGUUGUCAACUCGUGAAGGAGCCUGGCUGUGGUUGUUGCCUAACCUGUGCCCUAUCAGAAGGUCAGGCGUGCGGUGUUUACACCGGAACAUGCACCCAUGGCUUGCGCUGCUUGCCGCGGAAUGGAGAGGAGAAGCCCCUUCACGCGCUCCUUCAUGGCAGGGGGGUGUGCACGAACGAGAAAGGAUACAAACCCCUCCAUCCACCCAUAGAUCAUGAGUCUCUGGAACACGAGGACACCCUGACGACUGAGAUCACGGAGGACCAACUGCAGCCCGCCAAAGUGCCGCUCCUCCCCAAGCAGGAUCUCAUCAACAGUAAGAAGAUCCAGGCAAUGCGCAAGGACAAGGAGCGCAAGCGGGCACAGGCCAAACUGCGCUCCAUUGGCCCCAUGGACUACUCCCCACUACCCAUUGACAAGCACGAGCCAGAGUUUGGUCCUUGCAGGAGGAAGCUGGAUGGGAUCAUCCAGGGAAUGAAGGACACAUCCCGUGUCAUGGCCCUGUCCCUGUACCUUCCCAACUGUGACAGGAAGGGCUUCUUCAAACGCAAACAGUGCAAGCCCUCUCGUGGCAGGAAGCGAGGCAUCUGCUGGUGUGUAGACAAGUACGGCUCGCAGGUUCCCGGCACAGACUACAGCGGGGGGGACAUCCAGUGCAAGGACCUAGAGAGCAGCAGCAUCAAUGAGUGAAUAGGCGGCUCCGCCCCCACCCCGAUCACCUGACCCAGGGCCUCACCUCCUCCUUUCCCUCCCACCUGUCUGCUUCGCCCUCCAGUCACUUUUUGAGAUUUUCAAGACGAAAAAAAAUAAGACAAGUAAACAAAUCAAAUGAAUGAACGAAAGGACAGGCUUGAAAAAAGGACACCUGAAAUCUUUUUUAUUUUUUUUGACCGUGCGCUCAUCUCUUAAAAGACGGAACCCAGCAGGUUUUAAGCCCUUGUUUGACCCUCGGGCCCCUCCCCCACUAAGAGCUGGGCUCGGGCCCCUCCCCCACUAAGAGCUGGGCUCGGGCCCCUCCCCCACUAAGAGCUGGGCUCGGGCCCUUCCCCCACUAAGAGCUGGGCUCUGGCCCCUCCCCCGCUAAGAGGUGGGAGCCUCACUAACGAUUCAUGAAAAUAUAUACUUGUAUUGAUAUAUUUUUAUAGAAACACCAAACUUUGUAUCAUUUAAAGCUAACAUAAAAUGGAUGAAAAAAUUAAUAGAAGUCACUUUGAUUAUAAACAGGACUGUUUUGAUCUUUCACAUCUAUUGCUAUUGAGGUGUCAGAUGAGAUAGCUGGACCUUCUAUUGAGGUGUCAGAGGAGAUAGCUGGACCUUCUAUUGAGGUGUCAGAGGAGAUAGCUGGACCUUCUAUUGAGGUGUCAGAGGAGAUAGCUGGACCUUCUAUUGAGGUGUCAGAGAAGAUAGCUGGACCUUAUAUUGAGGUGUCAGAGGAGAUAGCUGGGCUUUCUAUUGAGGUGUCAGAUGAGAUAGCUGGACCUUCUAUUGAUAUGUCAGAGGAGAUAGCUGGACCUUCUAUUGAGGUGUCAGAGGAGAUAGCUGGACCUUCUAUUGCGGUGCCAGAGAGGAUAGUUGGACCUUCAAUUGAGAUGUCAGAGGAGGAGGAGGUAGCUGGACCUUCUAUUGAGGUGUCAGAGGAGGAGGAGGUAGCUGGACCUUCUAUUGAGGUGUCAGAGGAGAUAGCUGGGCCUUCUAUUGAGGUGUCAGAGGAGAUAGCUGGACCUUCUAUUGAGGUGUCAGAGGAGAUAGCGGGACCUUCUAUUGAGGUGUCAGAGGAGAUAGCUGGACCUUCUAUUGAGAUGUCAGAGGAGAUAGCUGUUCCUUCUAUUAAGGUGUCAGAGAAGGUAGCUGGACCUUUUAUUGAGGUGUCAGAGAAGAUAGCUGGACCUUCUAUUAAGGUGUCAGAUGACAUAGGUGGACCUGCUAUUGAGGUGUCAAAGAGGAUACCUGGACCUUCUGUUGAGGUACCAGAGGAGAUAGCUGGACCUUCUAUUGGUGUCAGAGGAGAUAGCUGGACCUUCUAUUGAGGUGUCAGAGGACAUAGCUGGACCUUCUAUUUAGGUGUCAGAGGAGAUAGCGGGACCUUCUAUCGAGGUGUCAGAGACAAUAGCUGAACCAUCUAUUGGCAGAAAAAAAAACUUGAGAGGGUCUUUCUGAUACAGUUGACUCUAUCUGGUAUUUGGUUCUGUCAGAGCACUUUUGAAUAAGGGAACCUGCUUGGAUAUGUGUUACUUCACUAGUUUUGUGUGAGCAUGCAUGUAUGUGUGUGUGUGCGUGCGUGCGUGUGUGUGCGUGUGCGUGCGUGCGUGCGUGCGUGUGUGUGUGUGUGUGUGUUUGAAAGAGAAAGAGAGUGAGCUUAACACAAGAAUGACCUUUUUUUCCUCUCGAUCUCUCUUUUUUUUUUUUUACAACAACAUUUAUGGCUGGUGCUUGAAGUAGUCUUGAGGAUGGCUUUCUCCCACUAGGCUAUGUAAAACUAGGUCUAUGGGAGAUGGAGAAAGUUCCACACAAUAAUCAGAUCAUUACAGACAAACCUAUGUUAGUGGCUCAUUGACUCUGCAUCUAGCCUGACAUGCCAAAUGUGCCUAUUGUUAGCAUACACUGCCAUGCAGGGCAACACAGAACUUAUCGGAGAACGCUGCCCCUACUGGUGAAGGGAAAACUGCCACAAAGUGCUCAGACUGUCAUCUGAUGUGAGCUCUGCUUGGCCCAACAACCGGGACUUAAAGAAUAGUGGAAUGAACCUUACAGUCCCGCAAUAACUAACAACAGUAAUUCUUUGUUUUGCUAAAGUAUGGGCAAAAAUUGUAAGUACAAGGUUUAAGCAUGUUGCGGACUUGCAUUCACCAGUGAGGUUAGCUGUUUUUUUGUCUCCGUUGCUCGAGGGUGUUAGUCUUGUGUGGUUUUGUUUGUACUGUUGUGGAGUAGUAACCGCCCACUUUUGAGCCGUGUUCCUUAACCAACGGGCCUGCUACCAUGGUCACCACGGCUACAGUGGAACCUUGGUGUAUUACUUUCGACUAUAAAUUAACUCAUGUUUUCUUUUUUUAACUAAAGAAAUACAAUGUACUGUUGCUUGGGAAAAAGACGUGUGUAUUUUAGCCUGUGAACAAUUUGAAUGGUUCCAUGAUGCCUGGCCAUCCUUAUUUGAAUAUGAGACAGUCAAAAAAAGCUCUAUCCCACCUAUUUUCUUCCCCCUCGGCUUGCAUGCCGUCCCCCCCUCGACAACUUGUUAUCUAUACAACACAACAUUACUUGCAUUCAAAAUGGUGAGCAGUUUUCCUUUUAUUUUUAUUAUUAUUAUUAUUAUUAUUAUACCUUUAUUUCAACAAGGAACACAGACUGAGACCAAGGACUCUGUUAGAGCUGGGCCCUGCGUAUACAUGUUUACACAUACAGUUUAAGUACAAUGAUUAAGAAACUACACAAGACAAACAAAACGAUCACAGAUAACCCAAAAUACAGCAGCAGAUUGUUACAUUUAACAGGUUAUUCCCCAAACAGGUUAUUCCCCAAACAGGUUAUUCCCCUAACAGCACAAGAACUUGCAUUACCCAAAACAGUUACAAGCAACACAAAAGGGAAUACCUCUUCUGCUCAAGUGGGCUUCUUUGACCACUACCUGCAGGGUCAGUUGAAAGUGUACUUUUAUGUCAUCUGUGUGCAAGUCGCAGUGCCUUCAUACAUGCAUAUCCACAUUUAAAUAGUGACGCGUGACGUGGUAGCUAUCUAAGGGACGGAAACCCUGCUGAGGCUGAGAGGCCCGCAGGGUAGUAGUUCUCUAGCCUGACAUGACGAGAGGUCUAGGUAAAGUACAAAGAAGGUGCGAUGUGGUAUAGCUCUAGUCAUGUGGUAUAGCUCUAGUCAUGUGGUAUAGCUCUAGUCAUGUGGUAUAGCUCUAGUCAUGUGGUAUAGCUCUAGUCAUGUGGUAUAGCUCUAGUCAUGUGGUAUAGCUCUAGUCAUGUGGUAUAGCUCUAGUCAUGUGGUAUAGCUCUAGUCAUGUGGUAUAGCUCUAGUCAUGUGGUAUAGCUCUAGUCAUGUGGUAUAGCUCUAGUCAUGUGGUAUAGCUCUAGUCAUGUGGUAUAGCUCUAGUCAUGUGGUAUAGCUCUAGUCAUGUGGUAUAGCUCUAGUCAUGUGGUAUAGCUCUAGUCAUGUGGUAUAGCUCUAGUCAUGUGGUAUAGCUCUUGCCACAAACACAUUAUGAAUCUGUUGCUAAUCCCUCCCUGUGUUUGAGUGUGAUGGCAAGGAAGACCAGAGUGCCCGUCUCUGUCUCUUAUUUUCAAAAAAGCACUAAAAAUGCUUUCAAAGUUGACUGCUAAUGUAUUUGAUUGCCAGAGAAUAGGCAGGUGAUGUUAGAAUUUCGAGGCACAUAAUAGUUGAUCACGCAGACUAGUCGGAGAAGAGAUGGACGAGGCAUUACUAGCCAUCAGAUCCUAUUCCACAACUUGUGUGGCUGGUCGUAAUUACUCUAGCCAGGCCAUCAACAGACAACAAGUUAGGGAGCCUCAAGUAAGUCUGUAGUCCAAUAAUGACGUGAAAUUAUCAGUUUUUUUGUAAUACAAAUGUGUUGAAUAGGAUACUGUUGUUUUUAAUGGGUCAUAAAUGAGAUGCUGUAACAUCAAAAAUGGAUUGGUCAAAAUGUCAGGCCUAUAGCUUUAUAGCCUCAGUUACUUUGGGAGAGAAUUUGUGGGGAAAAUAAGUUACUAUACCCUGCUACCCUUCACAUCCAAAAUGUCUUAUUACAUGGAAGGGAACUCCUCCGCCUUUUGGUAAACCCCAGAUAAACUAGCAGCGUAGCACCCUUCCCCACCUCCACCCAGUCCACAUCGAAAGAAAGCAGCUUGCACUUAUUGAUAACACAGAUAACAUACAGUAAAACUGCCACUUGGGUAGAAAAACAAAACAAGCUAAUCAUGUAGUGUGAUACAGGUUAAGGGUGUCUGCAAGGUCUCCUGGGUCAUGGUUGACGGGGGCUUAUGUGGUCCAUGCCUGGGAAUUCUAUCACCAACGUCCAAUAAGAAUGAAGGGAUAGUAACACACCGUACAGUACAUUAACAACCACACAACAGUCCCACUUUCAUAUGUCUGCUCUCACACACAGACAGAGACAGACUGAGAGAGAGAAAACCAUGGACAGUGGCCGCGUUUAGGGGCUAGCCACACCCUCAUCACGGAGGGAUCACCAAUCGCAUGACAGUAGACACAGUUAGGAACAGACACAAGGAGACCAGGGAAAUCUGAGGGAUAGGAACACAGCAAGGAGUUUAGAUGUUGACUCCUUCUCCAGCUUCCAUUUGAGCACCAGACCAUCAGAGGCCUAUUGAAGCAGUUGGCCAGCCAUAUGGUGUAGUCUAACGGGGCGUUUUCUAAAUCAAGAUUUGUCUCUUGGGUCAAAGAAAAUGUGGAUAAGGGCAUUGAAUCCUUUGGCGUCAAAUUAACCAAUUGACACAAUUCAACCAAGCUAUGAAUUGUUGAAAUGUUCUUUGCGGUAUGGAGGUAGAUUGAGGUGUUGGAGAGGUUGUAUUGAAAGCUUAUCCUCCUUUUAACAGUGUCAUUUACAUCUGUUUCCAACUCGUAACACUGCCUUAUUCCGAUUCCUCGUCUCACACCUGGUUAUGUACUCAUACUCACAGUUCAUGAUACAAUAGUAAGUAACUACAGCAUUUAUUUUUAUGCAUAACAUGUUUUUAUUGAUGAAAUGAGACAAAUUCAAUCAGUUACCUUAAUAACAUGUGGUGUUAACUGGCUUGUGAUGAACAUAUCCAUUGGUGCCAGAGGACAGUGACAUAAAAUGCUCAGCAUUUGCAACUCCUCGUGAAACAACAACAACGAUAAUACAAAAAGACAAAAAAUCUCAAACUAUUAAAGUGAAUAUCACUGUGUAAUAUUUAUUCAACUUGUAAUUUAUGUACUCUUUUAACCUUUGUCUUUUUUUGUUAUGACAAAGCAUUUUAUUUAAAUAAAGUGAUGUAAUUCAUUUAAA